UAUUUAAGAAAUAGCGGAUAAGGACAACAGCUGUGCUCACGUUUUAGAACCCUUCUCUCUAUCAUUGCUUGCCUCUUGGUAACAUUCAAAACGACCAAUAUCGGGCCCACAGCACACGAGAGCUCACCACUAAGUCCUUCGAACACAUCCAAAGAACACCUUUCCCCCACUUAACAGUUUCACUCCCGGAGACGCAGGCAUGGCUUCCACGUCAACAAAGGCAGCCGUCACGAAAUCGAUUCUGAAAAUGACUUUGAAGGGUCACGUAGAUUGGGUUGGAUCUAUAUCCUAUUUUCCGGACGGCCAGCGAAUGAUCAGCGGAUCUCGAGACAAGACCGCUCGGCGAUGGGAUCUGAAGGCGGGUAAGGAGAUUGAGAAAGUGCGAGGAAUUUGCGAGGAGGAGGUACAGGCAGUGGCGGUAUCAAGGGAUGGUCGAUGGGUUGUCACUGGCGGUGGAGGUGACGCUCGUCCGGAGCUGAAAGCCUGUGAGGUUGAGACGGGGAUUGUGAAAACACUCCAAGGCCACUCAGAUAUGAUCACCUGCAUUGAUGUAUCGGCGGACAGCAAGCUGCUGGCGAGCGGGUCCGGGGAUGAGACAGCGCGGAUAUGGAACUUGGAGACCGGCGAACUUGUAGCCGGUCCAUUUAAGAGCGUUGAUUGGGUGGGCGCAGUUCGAUUCUCAACGGAUUUAAAGAAGCUCGCAAUCAAGUCAUAUUUCGGUCAGUGGCUUGAGGUCUGGGAUGUCGAAACACAGAAAUUGGAUGUGAGCAUAGGGAGAGCGAUCAAAGGACCACUAUUAAUGACAUCUACGCCAAUUUUCUGGACAAACAAAAACAAAAACAUCUUAGCCGCAUUCAACUUCACAAUCGACUAUUCCAGGACAAUCUACGAGUUUGACGCGUCGACGCUGAAGACUGUCGGAACUCCCUUCAAAGGACACAAUAACGUCAUUUACGGUCUAGCACUUUCAUUUGACGGCACUCUCCUCGCUAGCUCUUCUUGGGACCACACCAUCAAACUCUGGGCCUUCGAGUCCCGCCAACUCCUCGCUUCCUUCGAUGUUCAAAAUCCUGAUACCCUUGUCCUCUCACCCGACUCGUGCCAAUUUGCUUACACGACAUUCACUGGCUAUGAUGAUAACAUCUACAUUUGUAACACUCCACCCGAAGUCCUUGCUCAGGCCUGUACCAGUGCACGAACCUUGAAUGAUCUCCUGAAUUCUGAUGCAACUCGUCGUCCUCCUGCCGUGCGCCGCAGACUACCAAUACCUGACAUACCUAUGGUGCAGAGACCUCCGCCCACAAUAGACCCACAGCAAACCAUUUUCCUUCGCCUCCGCAAACUUCUUCCCUUCUCUUCUCGCACGAAUGCAAUUCCUUCCGUUCGGAAUAAUAUCCAGUCUCGCGGCCCUCUAGAUUUCCCUGCUACGUCGCCCUUACCGUCCAAUCACCUUUAUGCAGAAAGCCCUCCAUCAACUUCCUUCAAGUUGCCCGGUGGCAGGGCCUUUUUCAAUACCAUUCAGUCCUCGUCUAAAAAGGGGAAGCAAAAGGCUCGUGAACGGAAACGGAAACCGGCAAAAGUCAUCGACGUUCCACUCGGACAAGCUACCUAUGGCGACGCUGUUGGUGUGGACGACGGAAAUCGGCCGUUUGUUCUCUUAUUUUGCCUAAGCUGGUUCCAGAAAAAGGAGAAGAGGCAGGUUCCACGCCCAGUGUAUGAUGAUGAUCCUGAGGACGACGAAGAGGAGGAGGGGGAAGACAUUCUCAAUCGUGUCGCUGUGUCUCCUCCCAGGGUCCAGUACGAAGAAAUUGAAAUGAAUAUAAUGGCUACUAGUCAGUCACAGCCAGAGGCAGGACCGUCUCACCUUGCAGUAAUUGAUGAACACGUAGAGGGGCAGUCUUCGUAAAUCCGUCAAACAUUUCAUCUGUUGAGUCUCGCGUUGUACCUGUAACUUUAUGACACCAUGUUACUUGCUUUUCUGUGUAGAACGAGGGUGU